AUGUAUGUAAUCCCUGCCGGGGCGUCAGCCUAUCAGCAGGGCUCUUUGGGCGGUGAGCGGAGCUCUGGACCAAUCCGGUGCCAGCAUUGUCGGGAGGCGUGUAAGGGAGAGGUGGUGCGCGUUCAGGACACACACUUCCAUGUCAAGUGUUUCACCUGCACAGUGUGUGGGUGUGACCUGGCUAGAUCUGGGUUCUAUCAGAAGAGUGGUGAGUACAUCUGUACGUCAGACUACCAGCGUCUGUAUGGGACUCGCUGUGACCGCUGUGACGGAUUCAUCACCGGGGAGGUAGUCUCUGCUCUGGGGAGGACCUUCCACCCUACCUGCUUCGUCUGCAGUGUCUGCAGGAAGCCGUUCCCUAUCGGAGACAGAGUGACGUUCAGUGGGAAGGACUGUGUGUGUCAGCAGUGUUCUCACACACUUGUCACCUCCAACGAACCAAUCAAGAUCCACGGACCCAGCCACUGUUCAGGGUGUGGAGAGGAUAUAAAACAGGGACAGUCUCUGCUGGCGUUGGAGAAACAGUGGCAUGUCAGCUGCUUCAAGUGUCAAACCUGCAACAUGGUCCUCACUGGGGAAUACAUCAGCAAGGACAAUGUGCCGUACUGUGAGUCUGAUUACCACGCUCAGUUUGGGAUUAAGUGUGAGACGUGCAGCAGAUACAUCAGUGGACAGGUUCUGGAGGCAGGGGGUAAGCACUACCACCCUACCUGUGCCCGCUGUGCCCGAUGUCACAUGAUGUUCACAGAGGGAGAAGAAAUGUACCUGCAUGGUGGUGAGGUGUGGCACCCUUUGUGUAAGCAAGCAGCCAGAUCAGAGAGAAGACUCAGGCACAGACGUCUGUCAGAGACAUCCAUCUCUCCACCGGGCUCGUCAAUUGGCUCUCCCAGUCGUGUCAUCUGUGCCAGGGUGGAGAAUGUGAUGCCAGGCUAUAAGGACUUGGCCGCACUGCCUAAGCUCAAGGCCAUAUAUGAGGUCCAGCCACCUGACCUCAUAUCCAUAUCAUCCUCCCAGCCCUACCCCAGAUACUCCUCAGAUGACAUAGAGGCCUUCAGCUAUGGAGAGUCACCUGGGACUCUCUAUUCUCAGAAGCUGUAUGACAGUGUAGACAUGAAACAGAGACAGGGUUCCAGCCCCAGCUACAUGGACUCUCCCUCCUUCAGCCGUCAAGCCAUGUCUCCCAUCACGCCUUGCUCACCGCAGCACUAUGGACACCCCGGCUCUGAGAGUGGCAGGAGCUCGCCCUAUUACGGCUCGCUGGAGGGACGGCCUAGUUCUUCUACCACAAACCACGCCCCCAAGCAUUUCCAUGUACCAGCCUCAGGCGAACCCAACAUCUACCACAAACCUCCCAUCUAUAAGAGAACGGCCACCAAAAGCAGGACUAGCGAAGAUCUAAUCACCUCCUCCAGACUGUCUACCUACUCUCCAGAACCCUACACACAGUCACAGUCUGACUCCUACCCCUAUCCCAGCUCCCCUAAAGUUCUCUGUGCUCCUAGAAGAAGGUACUCUACAGGAGGAGAUGAAGAGAGCUGGAGUCACAGCAGUCUUCAAAGAAUCCAGAGUGGUAUAGGGAGGAUGAUCCUAAAGGAGGAGAUGAAAGCUAGAUCUGGUUGCUAUGACAACGACCCUUGGGGCAGCACUCGGAACUCCCGCAGCGGCAGCAAGGAGACUCUCACCACUGCCAGCUACAACAGCACCGGCUACAACAGUACUGUUAAUGGCUCUCCUCGAUCCAAUUACAGCCUAGACAAUGAUUCGUACAAGUCAGCCUCUCUACCAGGAUACAGGCGGAACGGUGGCAACAGGCCCCAGAGUGCAGCCCCAGACUACUACCAGCAGUAUGACAGCAGCAGUGAUGUCAACUGGGGAACCAGAGAAUACAAGGUUUACCCAUAUGAAGUACUGAUCGUGACCACCAGGGGGAGACACAGACUGCCUAAAGACGUAGAUAGAGCCAGACUAGAGCGUCAUCUGAGUCCCGAGGAGUUCCUACAGGUGUUUGGGAUGGCCGUGGCAGAGUUUGACCGGCUGGCUCUCUGGAAGAGGAAUGAAAUGAAGAAACAGGCCCGACUCUUCUAA